UUCACUAAGUAAACUUAGCAGCAGUCUUAAGUUGAAAAAAUAUAUUUAAACUUACUUUCUUCUCUCCAGAGUCAAACUGAAAAAUCUGAAGAUGAUAGCACGUCUCGUUGUCUUUGUAAUAAUUAGCGCCUUUUCUACGGUAUUAGCGACAGAUGUGAAAAAAUGUUCCGGUGAUAAGCCAUUUCCAUUAUCAGUAAACGUAACCGGAUGCGAGACACCACCUUGUGAUAUUCUUAAAGGAUCAACAGUGGAAAUGUUUAUACAUUUUGUAUCUCACCGAGAUGUUUCUGAACUCACAACUAAAGUGAAAGCCUACACAUUUGGUAUUAGUGUGCCAUAUGAGCUGCCCGAAGAGACUAGCAAUGUUUGCCGGAAUCUAAUGUAUGGUGCCUACUGUCCACUCUAUCCAACAGAAGAUGUAACUUAUCUCUUUCUCUUUCCUGUCGGUUCUUAUCCAGAAAUCAGUGUGAAAAUUGAAAUUUAUCUAGUCGAUCAGGAUGAUGAGAUUGCUACUUGCUUCAUUUGCGAUAUUAAAGUGAAAAAAGGAAAUUCCAAGUUGGAAUUAAGUUAUGAAUAAGUCUAUGAUUCAAAGACAUGAGAAGUAUCUUAAAGACUAUAUAUGUAUUAAAAGUAUUUUAUGAAAUUUUUGGAAA